GCCGAGAGAAGAGCGCCACGUCAGAAGCACUUGGCAUCCUCCCUAAGUAUCUCCCUGCGGUGUGUGCGAGUGUGACUGAAGGGGACGAACCAGGGCCACCGGAGGAGGGAAAAAGGGGAGCUGAUUCGGUUGUGGGGCUGGAAGAGAGUGCUGGGGCCAAACGGCAGAGAGUAGGGAAGGGAGAGGAAGGAGGUGAGGAGGAAGUAGAGGAUGGGGGAGAGGAAGGGGCAGAGGAUGGGGGAGAGGAAGGGGCAGAGGAUGGGGGAGAGGAAGGGGGAGAGGAUGGGGGAGAGAAAGGGGGAGAGGAUGGGGUAGAGGAAUCACAAGCGCAAGGGGGAGGUAAUGCAGAUUUGAGCAGAGUGGAAGAGGAGGAGGCUGAUAGAAUAAAAGCUUCCAAGUCUGGGGAGGAUAAGGCCUUGAAAGGUACCAAGGCAGAGCAAGAUGCGAGUGCAGCAGAGGAUGCUCUUAAAGCCGGGCUAGGGGCGGUCAAGCUGGGCAGCAUGGGAAUAACUUUUCUGGCGCUGCCCGAGAAGGAAAAGUGUGUUUCGGGCAGCGAGGUGCCGUGCCCUGUGGAUGUUGUCGGGCAGAUUUUGAUGGACAUCAAUGAGAAAAAGAGGAGCGGCCUCAAUUACCUCAACUCAAACUCACCUCUUGCCUGCCUGCCUUUUCUUGUGCUCUUUCCAUUCCACUCUCUCCCUCUUUCUCUCGUCUUCCCUCCUCCCCACCCCCAUCCCUCCUUCCCUCCCUCCCUCCCUCCCUCCCUCCCUCCCCACCCUCCCCCUCCCACCCUCCCUCCCUCCCUCCCUUCCUCCCUCCCUCCCUCCUUCCCUCCCUCCCUCCCUCCCUCCCUCCCUCCCUCCCUCCCUCCCUCCCUCACUCCCACCCUCCCUCCCUCCCUCCCUUCCUCCCUCCCUCCCUCCCUUGCUCCCACCCUCCCUCCCCCCCUCGCUCCCACCCUCUCUCCCUCCCUCGCUCCCACCCUCCCUCCCUCCUUCCCUCUCUCCUCUCUCACUCCUUUCGCCUCCUCCUUCUCUCACUCCCCUCUUCCCACUGUUCUUGUCCUACUCUUUCGUUUACCUGUCACACUGUCACUCACCCGCCCCCCCACGCACUCCCCAACCCAACCCCUCAUCCCCCCUCCGCUGUUGCUCCAAUCAGGUGGUGCCAACGCAUCUGCCCUGUGCAGGCCACGUGCCCAACCACGAAGCGCCACCUUUUGCUAUGGCGCUCAAGAGGACUCGAGCGCUGCAGGUGGGGGGAGAGAAGCAGCAAGGGACAAGGAAAAGCAUCUCACCAUGCUUGUGCCUUCUCCCCUCCCUUCCCUCUCCAAUUCGCAGUGGCGUUCAAUAAACGAGGAGCAGAGGAUUCAGGCGCUGCAGGUGGGGAGCGAGGCAACAAGGAACAAGGGGAAGCAGCUCACCACGCUUAUGGCCCCCGUUCCCCCCCUUCCCCCCGCCUUCCAGUUCGCAGUGGCGUUCAAGAAACGAGGAGUAGAGGAUUCAGGCGCUGCAGCCAAAGAAAUGGCCAAGAAGGAAAAGGAGAAGGCAGAGAGGCAGAGAGAAGGAAAAGAGGGAGAGGAGGAGGAGAGGGGGGAAGGGGAGGAGGAUGUGGAGUUGAGUCGUGAUGUUGUGAUUAGAACUGUGGCUGAUGCUGUGAAGGAAGCUUCUGUGAAGCGAGGUGCUGCGGCUAACUUGACUAACCCAGAGUUUGCAGUUGUGGUUGAGAUUGUUCCGCUCGCACGGGGUCCUUCUUUCUGUGCAGUCUCCAUUCUUCCGCGCUCGAUGCUCGAUACAAAGCCGCGAUUAGCGGUGAAGACUGUCGCGGCGGCUAGCACGACAGGUGGAGCCGAGACUGCCAGGGUCGAAACGCCCUCCCACCGCGCGGCUCGCGCAGCCGCCUGGGCGGCAAGGGAUCGCAGCAGAGCGCGGCCACGUCAGCAGGGGGAAAGGCGGGUUUCUGCCGAGCGGGGGGACUGGGGGCGGGGAAAUGGCGCGCAGCGCCGAGAGCAGAUCGGCGGAAGCUCCGCGGAGCUUCCCCGGGGGCUUUCCGCGGGCCACUCCGCUUCCGCUGCUUCCUCCAAAGGCGCAAAUGGCGCAGGUGGCGCAGUUUCUCGGAGUUCCGCCGCAUUAGACGCGCAAGAUAAGGCUCGGGUCGAAGCUGAGGUUCGGCAGAUUGUUCACCAUGCCGAGGCGAAGGCUCGGCAGCAGCAGCAACAGCAGCAGCAAUUGUUGCCACGUCAGCAACUCCAGCUGGGGCCGCGGGGUGGGAUUGGGCGGAGCGAACGGCGCGACGCCACGUGGAUCUUCCCAGGCCACGGCACCGCGCCUCGGGCCAUUUCCCGCCAAAACGCCGCCGCGCUUUCCCGCGGAUUGCGCAACGGACUGCAAGAGCGCUUCCGCCAGCUUUCCCCCUUCCCCCUCGUUACCCGCUUCCGCGACCCGUUCGAAGCGCUAAAGCGCAGCGUUCUCGAGGCGCCGCUAGAGGCGCAAAAGGCGGUGCGAGCCGCCGUAAAACGCGGGGAGGAGAGGGUAAACUCGGCGCGCUUAGGCGCAGUGAUGGUGGUGCUCGGGCUAUGGGAAGUGGCUCGGAACAAACUGGCGCAGGCUCGGCAGCGGCACCAGGUUCGGAGCCAGGUUCGGGUGUGGGGGCAGAGGCUCGGCAGGGAGGCGCCAGUUGCGGCGAAAUGGGCGAUGACGAGCGGAUGGGGGGAGGCGGGGGACGCGCGAGGGGGCGGAGAGGGGGGAGCGGGGGAAGGGAUGGGGGAACGAGUUUGGGGAGGAAGGGGGGCAAUUGGAGGGGAGGGUGGGGGAGGCGAUUCUUUCUGGGGAGGUAACGGGGAGGCGUUGGGUAGACCUGCCCCUGAUAUACCUCCCCUUGGAGCGUCUGGCAUGGACAUUGUCAGCUCUCUGCUCUCAGGUGGAUCUUCAGGUGGGUUUUCAGGUCAGCUCUCUAAAUUGCAAGUGAAUAUGAGUGUGGAUUUCCAUAUCGCUUUUUACCACUCGUCCAUUCCCCUCUAUCUCCCUUUCUCCCCUCCUUCCCUCUUUUCCCAUCUCCCUCUGAGCUUUGUCGUUUUCCUGCUCCUUUCGCUUCCUGUCCUUCAGCUCGACUCAUGUGGCGAUCUGAGGAUCAAGGUGGCCGCUACAGGACAAGACCUGCUAUCCGGGCGCCUGGGCGGCGUGUCGGUGUCGGCCCGGGCGGCGGAGUACAAGGGUUUGUCCGUUUCUGACGUGGAUAUGGCUGCUUCUUCUGUCCGCUUUGGCAAGAACUGGGGACUCACACCCAGUUUCACCGACUCGCACUUUCCGGUGCGCGCCUUUCUCUCCAUGAGCCCUGACGACUUCAACAGGAGCCUGAGGAGCCCUCUCCUCUUCCCUCUUCUCCGCUCUGUCUUCUCAUUGGACGACCGCCAGCCAAUCCCAGCCCUCCACGUGUCACUUGCUCGCCUCAGUUCCCCCCACUCCUCCCCCCACCACCACUCCCCCUACUACUCCCCCCAAUUCUCCUCCCCCCGCCUAUCCGUCCGCUAUUCCUCCCCUUUCACCUCCUCCCCCACUUCCUCCUCCCAACCCUCCCUAGACCUCCCUCCCCUCCCCAUUCCCCUCCUGCCGCCCAACCCACUGUCACUGUUGAGAUUCUCUGCCGCCCAGAUCAGAUUCCCUCAGCCUGUGCUGGAUACUGUCGGGCGGCUGCAGCUCCUGAAGCCGCCCUUUCUGUUCCCUUCCCACUCCUCCUCUCAAACCGCGGAUACCACACCACCCUCUACCCUUCCCUCACCCUCGCGUCCUCACUCACCCUCCCUCUCCUCCUCUCCCUCCUCCUCCCCUCCUCCCUCUCCCCGCUCCUCUCGCCUCUCGACCUCUCUCGCCCGCCGUCUCCGUCCCCUCCGCAUCCCCCACCCCAACAACCCAGCUGCAAACCCCCUCACCGCUCACAACCACACCCUGUAA